AUGGAUACUUCCAAGUUCAAGUACCAGGCCCCGCUCCCCCACAGUGCCCACAACAGUCCCCUGGGGCAGGGCUACCCGGAGGAGAUCCGGCCUCCGCCUCCAACCCCAGCCAGCCAGGACUCUCUGGGGAUGGACCGAGAGUCUGGAGCCCUGAAGAAGGAGGGCUUCAAGGCUCAGCCUGACGAGAACCCCAACCAGAAAGCCAGCGUUAUUCCUGACAACAUUCGCCACAAGUUUGGCAGCCAAGUGGUGGACCAGCUAGUGACGGAGGAACAGGCUCAGAGGGCCAUUGAUAAAGUGAUGGAGGCCCAGAAGAAGGGCAGCUCGCAGUCCAGCAGGACGCAGAGUCCUCUGCAGAUCUCCCCCACCGUGGCGGAAUAUUAUGAUCUGGGCUACAACAUGCGGUCAAAUUUGUUUCAAGGGGCCCCCCUGGAGACAAAGAGCCUCAUGAAGGCUUCCUACACACUGGAGGCCGUCAAGAAAUCAGUGAGAGACAUGGAACACUGGCACGGCAGGAAGACAGACGAACUGGGACGAUGGCACCAGAAAAAUACUUUGAACAUUACCUUGCAGAAAGCGCUGGAUGAGAAAUAUGAAGAAAGGCGCAAAUCCAAGAAUUCAAAGUUCUAG